UGCCGUCACUGAAUCAGUAGAAUCGUGUGUUGCUUUGUUAUAAGCCCGAAGUAGAAAUGAGACAAAAGUAACCUGCAGGAUGGCUACUGACCGGUUGAAAGCACUGGAGGAAGUAGAGAAGGAGAUUGCAGUUGUUCUGCAGUCUGCAGGAACCAUAGUGCUGGAAUUGUCAAAGGAAAAGCAAAAUGCGAGCUUAUUAGAUCGCCAGCUUAACCAGUUUCAGACCUCAAUUAACAGAGUGGAGAAUGAACUCAGCUCUCAGAUCCGCUAUCUUACCCAGGUGGCAACUGGGCAGCCUCAUGAAGGUUCAACAUACUCAGCCAGAAAGGACUGCCAAAUGGCGCUGAACCGAGCAGAAUACGCCCGCAUCAAGCUGGGAGAACUGAGACGGACCUGUGAGAUGAUGCUUGACCCCCAGACAUGACCCCCAGCUAUACGUUUUUGAUAAAUAUAGCAGGAUAGCACAUCAUACAUGUUGAAUAAUGGGGUGUGAAUUAUACUCGUUUUUAUUAAGUCUACAAACCAGGAAAGUCUUUAUAAAGACAUUUGCUUGAUAAAAAUAUUAUUUUUGCCUACAGACCAUUGAAGAAAUAGUUACAAUUAGUAUUGCUGUAAUUUUUUAUAUCUUUUGGCUGCUCUUGUGUUUAAGGAUCACCACAGUGGAUCAUUCUCUGAAAUAAAAUGCAGCUUUUUCUAAGUUAAAUACAGCAACACACUGUGUAAAGAAAAUAAUUUAAUAGUUGCUUUGCUUUUUUGUUACAAAUAAAAGAAUAAAAAUUUAUUUUCAGUCGAAA